CUAGCCCCGCCUCCUCGCCCUUUAAAAGCGACUUCCCGUCGUCCUGUCCGCCGCUCUUCCGUCUUUUUACAUUCCUCCUCGCCGCUGCACGAACCUGUCAAGAUGGCUCAGCAAUUCCCAUCUCUCUCCACGGAGCAGAAGAAAGAGCUGGCAGAAAUCGCCUUAAAGAUUGUGGCCACAGGGAAGGGCAUCCUGGCGGCGGAUGAGUCCACUGGCACCAUGGGAAAGCGUUUGCAGAACAUCAAGGUGGAGAACAACGAGGAAAACCGCCGGUACUUCCGCGAGCUCCUCUUCACGUCCGGUGCCUGCAUGUCCAACUCCAUAGGAGGGGUCAUCUUCUUCCACGAGACGCUCUACCAGAAGGCAAGCAGCGGCAAGCCCUUCCCCCAAGUCAUCAAAGACCAAGGCAUCGUCGUGGGCAUCAAGGUGGACAAAGGCACAGCCGGUCUGAGUGGAACAGACGGCGAGACGACCACACAAGGUCUGGACGGCCUGUCUGAGCGCUGCGCCCAGUACAAGAAGGACGGCUGCGACUUUGCCAAGUGGAGGUGCGUGCUCAAGAUCUCGGACAGCUGCCCCUCGGCUCUGGGCAUCGCCGAGAACGCCAACGUCCUGGCGAGAUACGCCAGCAUCUGCCAACAGAAUGGUCUGGUGCCUAUCGUGGAGCCAGAGAUCCUUCCUGAUGGAGACCAUGACCUGCAGAGGUGCCAGUAUGUCACAGAGAAGGUGCUGGCUGCCGUGUACAAAGCUCUCUCCGACCACCACGUGUACCUGGAGGGCACGCUGCUCAAGCCCAACAUGGUCACGGCCGGGCACUCCUGCGCUAAAAAGUUCACCCCUCAGGAGGUCGCCAUGGCUACCGUGACAGCUCUGCGGCGCACCGUCCCAGCCGCCGUGCCGGGCGUCUGCUUCCUGUCCGGGGGUCAGAGUGAGGAGGAGGCCUCGCUCAACUUGAACGCCAUCAACCAGGUGUCCCUCCAUCGCCCGUGGAAGCUCACCUUCUCGUACGGCCGCGCGCUGCAGGCGUCCACGCUCGCAGCCUGGCAGGGAAAAGCCGCCAACAAGGCCGCAGCACAGGAAGUUUUCUGCAAGAGGGCCAAGAUCAACGGCCUGGCUUCCAAAGGAGAGUACAAGGCCAGCGGCUCGGCCGACCAGGGCGCCAUGCAGUCUCUGCACACCACCAACUAUGUCUAUUAAUUUAAACGUGGACCAAAUGAUAUCAAGGAACAUCUGUAAUGGCUGGACAAGAUUCUGUAAUAAAACUGUUUAAGUGACCAAA